AUGGACCAUGGCAGUCUCCGAGACGAGGCUGUUUCGCGCUCCGGCCCGUUCCUCGACCACCCGGACCACCCCGAUCACUUUGACCCCCUAGAUCGCCUCGAUUGCCUCAAUCGCCUCGACGACCGUUCCGAUCACGACCACGAUCCGCACACCUUCGCAGUGAGCCUCCUCGCCGCUGCCGCUGCCGCUACUCCCCAUGCCCCGCACCCUUCCGGCGACUGCGAAUCUGGAGAUCCCGACGAUUUUUAUCGCAGCUACCGGGGCGUGACCGAACCCUCGACCACGGACAACAACUCCGGGAAUGCCUCCCCGCCCGUAGGACACGACGCCAUGGCCCAGGCCGUCUCGAGCAGCACCCGUCAGCUGCCGCCGUCGCUGCGUUCCAACGGGAACGGGACAACCCCGAAGCACCCCGCCGUCCCGCCAUCCCAUCGCGGUGCCUUCCGAUCGAGCCAGCGUUCGGUCUCGAACCCCACUGACAGCCGAUCACCUGCAGGCGCUGCUGCGGGAGCGUCGCGGCCGUCAGGCACAGCAGAGGACCGUCGUGGCACAGCCGGCGGCACGCCGCCCAGUGUCAAGGAUCUGAAAAAGAAAUUCGAUCAGUCGCCGACUCACCAAUCCGCCUCGGGCACCCGGAAAAGCGCGUCAAGAAGUUCGACAACGCGAGACACAACUUCAAGCAGGCUUGGUGCCAGGUCACCUAGUGCUAGCGGUGGUGCAACAUCGCAUGGCCGUACAUCACGGCCAGCGAGCAGGGCACGAGACACAACGCGCGACACGAGGAGAGGUUCCGAAGCCCGCAGUUCGCCCCGAUUGAAGCCCGCUGCCGACGCCCCGCACACGGGCACCUCCGGCAACUCGUCCCAGUCGUUCGCGAGCAGGCUAUCCAGGCCUCGCGGCGCAGGGUCUCAUCCCACCAGCCCUUCCCCUUCCAAUAAAUUAUCCAAAAAGUCCAUGGCACCCCAGUCGCCCACGGCCCCGCGCCAGAAUGGGCUUCUAUUUGGCGAGAUUCUCCCCGAGCAGAGCGACUCGGUCACACCAGGCUUCGGCAUCGAACCGGCCCGGCCGAGCAGGAGAACUUCGGACUCCAACCUUGCCGAAUCGGUGCGACCACAUGUGCGCAGCUUUUCAGAUCCCGACAUCGAACCCCCGUCGCCCACCGAUUGGUACCGAGCGGCCGGGUCAGCCGGACAACAACAGCAGCAGCAGCAACAGGCGCAGCCGGAGCAGCAACCGCAACAAGAGAAACAAGAGAAGCACCUUCGACAAAAUACAGGUCAUCAAACAUCAAAGAUACCCAAAUCCCAACACGCCCGGGCCCAGAGCGACCUUGCCACCACGAAACUCACAUUAAGCCGUCCGGAUUACAGUGCAGCCAGGUACGAUGUCGGCUCACCGAUAUCGCCCAUAUCACCCACCUCGCCCACCUCACCAACCUCGCGCCUCCCACGCAUGGCCCGAAGACUGAACGGUGCCACCUCGGGGCAUGCAAGCCCGGCCUCGACACGCUCCAACUCUCCGUCCACCUUCAAUACCAAAUACUCCACAGCGAGUGGGAGAUCCUCGCGGCAACACCAUGCGCCCCCGGGUUCACGCGCGAGGACGCCUACUACCGCAUCCGUCCCGAAAACCUCGUCGGGGAGGACACCAACCUCGGCCCGCAAAGCGCCCCCAUCCAACAUCUCGACUUCGCAACAGCCAACGCAGGCGCCGAGCAGCCGGCUUAAUGCGUAUGUUUCCGUACCACCCGCAAAGCUGUCCCCCAGUCUACGGAGCUCUCGACCACGCCAGUCCGUAGCCACGGCAACGACCGCUGCCUCGAGAAUGCGAGCCGUGGAGCAGGGUGCCUCGGCUCCGAAGCAGUCACAACGGUCGGCCCAGAAGGCAGACGAGACGACUCCCCGGAGACGCAAGGUAUCCGUCGGCGCGAUAGACUUUGCCCAGCGGCGCGAGACUAUCAAGCUAGCCUACAGCAAGUCCAUACGAGAGACACAGGCUAGGGAAGUAAGGCGGGCCGCCGCAGAGAAGCGGAAGGAAGAGUUAGCUGCUGCGGCCAAGGCCAAGGUGGAAGCUGAGGCGGCCACGGCAGCGGCCAUGGAAAACGCUCGUGCAGCGGCCGCGGCCGCGGCCGCCAACGCCACAAAGGGCCCCAAAAAGGCUGAGAGUGGUAAUAAUCGGGACGGAAGUGCCCGGGAUAGCGGCAGCCAGCUCUCAGAACCGGCUUCUGACCACGAGGUGCCCAGGAUAGAGGAGCCUCGAGAGAUUGAAAGGGAUCCUCCUACUCCCUCUCAACCACCCCCCGAGGAGUUUUACAAUCCACCUGCCCCCGCUGAACCCCUUAGACUGGAGAUUCCGGGCAGUUUCCCUAACACAGAAUCGCCAUUCGACGAGCACGACGCCGCCCCAUUCUCGGCCAUUUCCAUGACGAGCGCGAUUACCGAAUUUGACACCGAAAUUCAAACCGAACCCCCCAGGCCGGAGAAUCCACAACCCACUACUGACCGCUCACCUUCGGUUGUGGCUUGGCCGAACCCGGUGGAAGUCAACGACCCUCAGCCCGAAGCGGUCGAAGACCCUCCUGUCCAAGUCGCAACACCAGUACUCCGCCAACGAACAUCGUACCAAUCCCCCUUCUCCGAUGAAGCCGACGACAGCGUUUCCAUACAAAUAUCGCUCGAUACAUCUUCAGUGCCCCACCAGCAACCAUCGUCUGAGUAUGAGCUUACGCCUACACGCGCCACAUUUGAGCCCGAUACGCAACCCGCGACCGCCCCGGCCCCGGCCCCUACAACAGAGGACGAUGAGUAUGUGCCCCAGCCGUACACAUUUUCCGAUAAGUAUGAGACCACGGUAACGAUUCUGGGCCCUGAACCCGAUUUCAGGCCGUUGUCGCACCAGGAGCCGCCUCGUGCCACUGUGCCGCAGAGCCACGUGCCUCAAUCAAUUGAGCCGUCACAUGCCAGCAUCCCGGAGAUGGCUGCAUCUGGGACCCCGCAACCGGUUAGUACACCACGCUUUGGGGGGUCUGAUGUGGGUAGCGAGACGCUGGAUCGGCUCGAAGACUUCUACACGGGGCCACGCCUGCACGAUAACAUUGCGUUGUUGCGUGACUCGACGUUCACUCCCUCAGAUCCCAGUACACCUCUAGAUGGCACGCCACCUGCAUCAGAAUACCACAAAGCGCCGUCAGAGGCGUCACACAGUUUGGCCGUGCCUGGCCUGCUGGCCCCGGGAAACCGCACGAGCCAACACUCUGCUUGGACCGAUUUUACCUUUGCCAGCGAAGACCGCAAUGCCAGCCAACCCAACUUUGCAUCGCAGCCGCAUCAAUCUGAGACCCACCGUUAUGAAGAUGGCCACGAUGACCACCACGAUGACGAUGACGAUGCAUCAUUUAAAGUUGCACCCUCCGCCGGGGAUCUCAGUACCUGCGCAUCCAGCCAAGACGGCAUCACCCAAAGUCCAGAGUCGCUUUCAUUCGUUCAGUCGGGUGCUCCACCAUCCCCUAUGAUCCCCGAGUUACCAGCUGGCCAGCAUCAUUUCCCAGAAUUCAGCUCUGCGAACACACACUCAACACGCCUCGGAUCCGAGCCUGAAAGAAUAGCGUCGGUAACGAGACGCGAUCCCUCUCUUCCGCCUUCUUCAGAGCGUGUAUACGAACGAGAGAGCACCUUGUAUCUCGCCGAAAGCCGACCGGAGAGCCUUGCGUACAGCCAAGACGGGGGCGGCCCCUCAGGCGCCGUGUCGCCACCGCAAUCUAUUUCCCAGCUCGGCCUGGGCGAGGAGCCGUCUCAGGUUUCACUGGGCGAGACCCUCUACGAUGGCCAGACACCGCUUACCGACAAGGAGCAAGAAGAGCAAAAGAGGCUCCGGCAGAGGCAGCUGGUCAUCCGCGAGCUCAUCGACACGGAAGACGCCUUUGUUCGAGACAUGACAGUCGUGGAGGAGAUCUACAAGGGCACGGCCGAGGCGUGUCCCAACCUAGACAACAAGACCGUCAAGCUGAUCUUCAGGAACACCGACGAGAUCAUUGCUUUCCAUGCCGCGUUACUGAUCGAGUUCAAAGAGGGCGCCUCGACCGUAUACACCCCGAAAGGCAGGCGUUCCCCGCUGCCCACACCAGAUAUAAAAGACUCCGACACGGCGACUCUCAACUCGCUCUUCUCGUCGAAUCGGCCCGAGCGGAACGACGAAAAGGACCGCCUCACUUUGCUCGGCCCGGUUUUCGCCAAGAACAUCGAGCAGCUCAAGGCAGUGCACGAGGUGUAUCUCCGGUCGAGCGACAGCUCUUCGAAGCGACUGGUGCAAAUCCAGGAGGACGAGGCCGUCAUGGUCUGGCUGAGCGAGUGCAACGAGGUGGCCAAAGAGCUGACCAGCGCCUGGAACCUGGACUCGCUUCUGAUCAAGCCAAUGCAGCGCAUCACCAAAUAUCCCGAUAUCAUCACCCACCUCCUCAAGUACACCCCCGAGGACCACCCAGACCGCGAAGCGCUCACCAACGCCAGGACGGUCGUCAUCGAUGCCAUCGACGAGAUCAACAAGACCAAGAAGAACUUUGAGCUGGUGGGUCAGAUCGUCAGCAACAGAAAGCGGAAAGAGUCGGAUGUGAGAGCCGGCCUCGCGAGGGCGUUUGGGAAACGUGUCGACAAGCUGCAGGUGGCCGCCACCAAGACAGCGGAAGACGAGGACUACCAAAAGUACCAGCAGCAGUUUGGGGAUGACUACUUGCGGCUUCAGGUGGUGCUGCGUGAUGUGGAGUUCUACACGAGAAACAUUACCACUUAUGUCCAUGACUUUCUGCAACAACUGUCGUCCAUGGAGCUAGUCAUGCGUCUCCAACCGUCUCGAGACUAUGCGCAUCUGGAGAGCAAAUGGGUGCAGUUUAAUGUCUCUAUGAGAGACAUUGAGAAGAUUGCCCUGGAAAAGCAUCUAGCAGAUGUGCGGAAACACGUCAUUGAGCCGUUUGAGCAAGUCAUUCGGUGCUACGGUAACCCCUCGCUGGCCAUGAAGAAGCGGGCAAAGCGGCGUUUGGACUACGAGAAAUACAUGGCGCUCAAAGCCAACGGCAAGAAGAUAGACAAGCAACUCGCAGAGCUGGUUGAGCAGUACGAGGCGCUCAAUGACACUCUCAAGAAGGAACUGCCCAAGCUGUCCGCGAUGACCGCCAAGAUUGGGAACAUUUGCCUCGGCAAGUUCAUCAGCAUCCAGGCGACGUGGUUCUCGAUCUGGAAAGAGAAAGUCAAGGCGCCCUUAUCGGAUGUCGCGCAAGUUCCCGAGGUCUCCGAGAUCGUGUCCAGUUUCCAGCGGGAAUUUGCUCUGCAGGAAGAGCGAGCCAAAGCGCUGAGCAUCGUCAACCCCACGCUCAAAGGCAGAGCGUCCCAGUCCACCGCUGACGACUCGUCCUCCAUCCUUUCCAAGACUCGAUCGCGCCCGAGCGAUAUCUUAUCAUCACGCGGGAGGGGUCUCUCGAUCAACAGCGACCACAUUCCCUCGCUGCCGACGCCCGACUUUGCUAAGCGCAACAGCGGGCAGUUCAGCCUCUCCCCGGCCAGCAGCGCCCUGCCCAGCCCCGCAAACUACUACCGUGACUACUACUCGGGCAUCAACAACCAAGGCCGCGCCACCGGUGCCGGCUCCGGCUCCCCCGUCACCCCCGCCGAUCCACCGCCACCAUCACACAACGUAUCCCGCCCACCUCCCGUAUCCGCCAACCUACCCCCAGCUCGCCCCGCCACCGGCCGCAGUUUCGACUCGACCAGCCUGCCGCGGCAGAGCUCCGACUCGGCCACCCUGCCCCCGGCGAUGAUCAGCCAUCGCGACUCGAACUCAACCUUCAACUCAACGAGCUACCCGAGCCAGUAUACACCGGGCAGCACCGACCAGCCCGCAACGCGCCGUCUUUCUGGGUUGUUCAACUCGGCCAUGCCCAUGCCCGACGGGCCGGAGGGGAGUGCGCGGUCGUCGAGGGCGUCGUCGAGGGACAGGAGCGGGGCGGCUGCGAAUGGGUACAAUGUGCUUUGGCUGGCGGCGUCGCUGUUUGAGUUCAAUAUUGAGACGACCAAGCAUGAGGCGGGGUAUCCUUAUUUGACGUAUCAGGCGGGCGAGAUCUUUGAUGUCAUUGCUGAAAAGGGCGAGCUCUGGUUAGCCAAGAACCAGGACGAUCCGCGCGAUGUGGUCGGGUGGAUUUGGUCGAAGCAUUUUGCCAAGUUGGCGGAUUCUUAA